GGGUGGGGGGGCAGGGGGAGGGGGUUGCGGCAACUGUCCUUCUGUCCCUCUGCUAGGAGAAGGAAUGUGGCCUGGCUGGCUGGUUAGGAUCUAGGAUCGAGGAGGAGCUUUGGGGCAGGGUGGGGCAGGGGCUGGCAGGGGCGAAGACUCUGGCUCCCUGUACUCCCUGGGGCUGCACAGCAAGGGCCUGCUGCCCACCUUCAGACUGUGCAGCCAUGGUCUGGGUGCUCUGACCCCACGGGAGCCCAUGGGGAGCCCCAGGUUGGCAGCUCCACUCCUGCUUCUCCUCCUGCUGUUCAUUAGGCUCUCUGCCUCCGCCAGGAUUGGCUGCCCCUACCUGCCCCGCUGGAGCACCCACUGUCUGCUGGCCUCCCACAUGGAAGACACUCUCACUGGAAGGUCUGCCCGUAUUCCUUGCUAUACCCAGCUGGCCCUUGCUGUAUCCACAAGGCCUCUGUGUGCUCAGCUCUGGCUCUGCCACUAUUUGUGCCUGCAUCUGGUGUCAGAUCCUCCAGGCCUCCACGGGGGCUGUUUCUACCUCCUGGUGCAGAAAUACAAAAAGUCAUGUAAGUUCCGGUUCUGUAGGAGACACAAGAUGCCAGCAUCUGCUCAGAGGAAGCUGCUGAGUGGCUGUUGCCUGUCUGGGAAGGGUCAUCACAUCGCUGUCUCCUCCCCAGACAUCUCUCACAAGGGGUUGCGCACUAAAAGGACCCAACCUUCAGAUCUGAAGGCAUUGGAAGGUCUCCCCAGACCCAGCUCACAAAGGCAUGAAGGGCCCGAGUUCUCCUUUGAUUUGCUGCCCGAGGCACGGGCUAUUCAAGUGACCAUUCCUCCAGGACCUGAGGUCAGCGUGCGUCUUUGUCACCAGUGGGUACUAGAAUGUGAGGAGCUGAGCAGUCCCUUCGACACGCAGAAAAUUGUGUCUGGAGGCCACACUGUAGACCUGCCUUAUGAAUUCUUUCUGCCCUGUCUGUGCAUAGAGGUAUCCUACCUGCAAGAGGACACCGUGAGGCGCAAAAAAUGUCCCUUCCAGAACUGGCCUGAAGCCUAUGGUUCGGACUUCUGGAAGUCAGUGCACUUUACCGACUACAGCCAGCACAGUCAGAUGGUCAUGGCCCUGACCCUCCGCUGCCCACUGAAGCUGGAGGCCUCCCUCUGCCAGAAGUGGGGCUGGAAUACCCUCUGUGAAGACCUCCCCAAUGCCACGGCUCGAGAGUCAGAGGGGUGGUAUGUCUUGGAGGGAAUAGACCUGCAUCCCCAGCUUUGCUUCAAGUUCUCAUUUGGAAAUAGCAGCCAUGUUGAAUGCCCCCACCAGACUGGUGAGCUGAUAAGUGACCCUGGCUGGGACGCCCUUCCACUACUGAACCAUUACCCAACUGGGACCAAACCAGGCUCAAGCCCUGUUCUGACUUCUCUGGCAACCACAACCCAACUCCUAUCGCCUCCUGCAAACAGAAUGUCUCUCAUGAUACCCUUUCCUACCCUGGCAGCCCCAUCCUGGAAUGUGAGCAUGGAUACCCAGGCCCAGCAGCUGGUCCUUCACUUCUCCUCAAGGAUACACGCCACCUUCAGUGCUGCCUGGAGCCACCCAAGCUUGGGGCAGGACAGCUUGGUGCCCCCUGUGUACAGCAUCAGCCAGACUCAGGGCUCAAGCCCAGUGACACUAGAGCUCAUCAUUCCCUUCCUGAAGCCAGGGAGCUGUGUCCUGGUGUGGAGGUCAGAUGUUCAGUUUUCCUGGAAGCACCUCUUGUGUCCAGAUGUCUCUCAUAGACACCUGGGGCUCUUGAUACUGGCACUGCUGGCCCUCACCACCCUAUUGGGCAUUGUUCUGGUCUUCACCCGCCGGCGUCCACUGUCAGGCUCCCUUCCAGAAGAGCCAUGGCCCUCUUGGUGCCCGGAGUUCUCUGCUACCCAAAGUGGCCCUGGCCAAGCGCGGCCGGUGUUGCUCCUGCACGUGGCCGACUCGGAGGCACAGCGACGCCUGGUGGGAGCGCUGGCUGAACUGCUGCGGGCAUCGCUGGGCGGCGGGCGCGACGUGAUCGUGGACCUGUGGGAGGGGACGCGCGUGGCGCGCGUGGGCCCGCUGCCAUGGCUGUGGGCGGCACGGGCGCGCGUUGCGCAGGAGCGGGGCACCGUGCUGCUUCUGUGGAGCAGUGUGGGCCCCAGUCCAGCCCAAGGCCGGGAUCCCCACUCCGCACCCCUGCGCGCCCUGCUCCGCGCCGCCCCGCGCCCGCUGCUGCUGCUUGCUUACUUCAGUCGCCUCUGUGCCAAGGGUGACAUUCCCCCGCCCCUGCGCGACCUGCCACGCUACCGCCUCCUGCGCGACCUGCCACGCCUGCUGCGGGCUCUAGACGCUCAGCCUUCCACCGCAGCCGCCAGCGGAGGCUGCCUCGGGAAUCGGCGGUGCCUUCGGGGUCGCCUGGAGCUGUGCCACCGGCUGGAACUCGAGGCCGCCAAAUUUUGCCCACCGAGGCUGAGCAGAGACAGGCGUAGGGGUACUGGCUGGAACCCCUGAAUGAGCCUUCUACCCUAAAAUCCUUGGGGGUGCUUCCUCAGGACUACUGGCCAAAAAUUCUUACUGCUCUGUUUGCUGGCCUGGGAGUAGAGCACCUCCCUCUCUGUCCCAGCCCCUUCCUUAAGCGUCUGGCUUCUUCCUUGUAUUUACCCUUUAAGAACCAGCAGGGAGAGUCGCUGUUUAAUGAGGGCUCUAGUGACCCCAGUUCUGUUGCGGGUGGGGAACUCCUCAUACUUUUCUUCAAAAUUGCAGAAAGAGCAGUCUGCACAUGCUCCAGUCCAGGCUGGAGAGGUGUGGGACAGAAGUAGAGGAGGCAGGAGCCAUGCCAAUUCUGAGGGAGGGGUAACUCUAUUGCGGGGAUGGGGGGAGUGGAGAAAAACCCUUUCUGAGGCAGGGAAACUGCUUUCCCAGAAGGGAGCCCUGCCCAGAGGAUGGAGAGAGGGAGGGAGGGAGGGCGCCUGACCCAGGGAAAGAAGUUUUGGCCUUGGGUGUCCAGGGCAAAGGUGGGACAGUAGAAACCAAGAUCAAAAGAAAAUUAAUAAAAGCAAACAUAAUGGA